CUUCAAGCAGCAAAAGAGAGAGAUAAGAUCUAGCAGAACAGAGAGAAGUUCAAGUAGAGAUCAAACUUCUUUUUUAUAAGUGACAAAAUGAUACUGUUGGAGUUUUUUAUCCUCGGGAUGAUUACCUUUUUUAUGAAAGGGGGUCAGUGUGAGUUGACUGAGGUGUUUGCUGAAGCAGGCUCUCAGGCUGUCCUUCCCUGUAAAUGUGACCCUUCAUCCACCUAUCCCCACGCUGUCAUCUGGACCAAAGCCAACAAAGGCACUGUCUGGAGGAAGCAAAAGAGCGGUCUGCAGUACUGGGGCUCUGGCUGGACAAGAAACGGGACCCAACGUGCACAGUGCUUUCAUUCCCAGUUUGAAAGAGGCGACUACAGCCUGCAAAUCAACAGCGUAAGGAUGGAGGAUGGAGGAAUGUACUCCUGCAAGAUCACACAGGGAAGCCAGCUCACUGAGAAUGUGGUCAUGCUCAGAAUCAUGAAGGUGAGAGCCUCACCAUUGGUUCCCAUAUGGGGGAAGGAUGUGACCAUCACUUGUGAUGUGACUCCAUAUCCUGACGGAGCCACUUUGCGAUGGACUUUGAACAACAGCCCAUUUGUGCCCUCGACUGAAACGACACCUCCAAAGGUUGUGAAGGAAGAGGCAACUUUAAGAAUAAACGGAAAAUGGACCUGUGUCGUGGAGUACAAGGGAAAAGAAGCACAAGCUUCUGCAACUCUGGCAGUGAAAGGAAUCAUCAAACCAUCAGAAGACAGCACUAAACUGUAUGCUGCUGUGGGCUCUGAUGUUUACUUUCCCUGUGUGCUGUCCCCUGGUUUAAUCCCCUCCAGCUCAGCCUGGGAGAGAAUAAAACCGGGGUCUCUGUUUAGAGCUAAUACCCUUCCCCUUCCUGCUUCUUUCUCUACAUCCUCACCACCUUCUAAAUCACCCUAUGAUAUAUCGGCCAGUAUGAAAGAGGUCAAGGUCGAGGAUGAAGGCAGGUAUCGAUGCUCAGUGACCAUCGAAGGGCAACAGUUGACUCGAUACAUGCAGCUCCUCAUUGCCAAAAUUGAAAGAAGUGUUGUGUCAAAGAAAAAAGGCUCCGUGGCCCUGACCUGCAAGCUGACAGACACAAGCGAAAUCACCGGCUAUGAGUGGGUUCAUGUGGCCUAUGACCUUAACGGCACCCAGUCGGUCGGGUCACCUCAGAAAGGGAAGACUCUGACGAUAAACGAGAUGUCUGAGGAGAACCGCGGUGAAUGGGUUUGUCGUUUCUACGGAAAACAGGGCAUGCUGGGAAAUGUAACCUACCACCUUCAACUCAUGAGUGGCCUCACUGGAGAAAAACAAGCAAGAAUGUCACAAAACACAACUGUCAUUGUCGGUCUCAGCAUCCUCCUGCUCAUUCUGCUGCUGAUUUUGGCUCAGAUGUACAAGAAUCACCGAAGGAGAAAAAGGAUCUUUCAGUUUCCUGCGCUGGAGACAAUCGUUCAUGCUGCCUCCAAUGAGCGGGAAGAGAGAGAAAGGAACCGAGUGAAGAAGUAAAAUUACUUUUUAACUGAAAAGUAACACUCGUCUGAAGUUUGAUUUCUUAAAAUCAUCCUUAAAGUCAGGAGGCUUUUAAUUGCACAAGUUUUCAUUUUCAGAGCAGACGUUGUAGCAGCAUUGUUGAUUUUAAUGUUGUGUUUUAUCUUGUUAUAUAACUUGUAAUUGUUUUGAUGUAUUCAACUGUAUAUAAUUAAAAAAUAAA